AUGGAAGACAUCAAACACAGAGGAAAGAACCGACAGGAAAGACACAAGGAACGAUGGGAUCCAUUUCAACUCAAUCCAAUAGGAGCUGAGAAGGAACAAAAAAGAAGGUGCUUCCAACUGGCCCAGUACCUCGUGGCCGUUAUCAUCGGUUUAUGUGUUCUGGCCAGUGCUGUCGUUGCCAAGGGUUCUCUCCUGGUGCUGUCAACGUUGUCCAGUCCAACCUCCAUGCGCACUCCAAGGGAAAAACAGUUCUACAUGCUGAUGCUGGUGUUCUGCCUGGUGUGUCCAAAUGUCCUGGUGUUCAUCAAAUCACUGUGGAGGUGUGCCUUCAAGAGCUUCGUACAACCCAACUUGAAGACCAUGUCAUUUAUCUGUGUCACUGAAUGCAUCGUGUCACUUGGCACUGCAACCCUUGUACUCGUGGUGAUGCCUCAGUUUGACGUAUUGACGAAUCUGUUCAUCAGCGGGGGUGUCUGUAUUGUAUCUGCAAUUCUUCAGAUUAUUUUCCAACUGCAGGCAGAAACCUGGAAAAUCCUAUUCCCAAUCUGCUCCAUCAUUCUAACAAGUGCUGGAUACUGCCUGCUCGGAGUUGACUAUUACGUCCGCGUCUCAUCGUAUGUGGAUAACCAGAGUCCCGACUGUUUUGUUUUUAUAGCAAUUGGAAUUUUCUCCUCAAUCCUAAUUUCUUUUUGCUGGUGGGAGAAUCCAGUGCAAGCUACAAAUCGCAUUCAGGAUACAUUGUCAGAACUGGAUGGUUUCAGGGACUUUGUGUUCGUGAUCAGCAGCAUUCUGAGGAUAAUUGUUAUCGGGGCGGUAUACCUGUUGUACUAUGCCGUCAUUGAAAAAUCCAUCGUCUGGGAUGACUUCAACUUACGGAGUGUAGACUGGGAAUUGUUACAGAUCGGACUGGUUCUGUUUUUCUUACAGGCAUUUUGCUCGGCAGCGUGUCACUGGUUUGGAGUGGUGGCCUGUAAGAUUCAUGCUGUCAGGAUGAGUUUUGCCCUGCCCUUAUGUUGCACAGGUCCUUCAGUGCUACUAUUGGGGCUGAUCCUUUUCAUAACCCAAGCUCAAAAACUGGAUGGAGCGAAAGAAGGGAGUAUCCAAGGUGAGUCUUUGACAUUUUGUGAAAGUUUGUUCUUCUUAAGCCAAAAGAACACAACUCCUUUGGUCUUACUUGAAAUCACCAGGAGCAUCUGCCGAACGUCACUUAACAGCUACUACUUACAAUGGCCUUUUUCCAUGCUGGCACUCGAGGGAGUAUGCAUGUGGUCGGGUUUUGUGACGUGCACGUACUACGUAUGGAAGAUCAAGGUCCAGCGAAUCGAAAGAACAUCUCAGCUGUUUGUUCGGCGUCUCUACGAAUCUGCUUUCAUUGACUUGUCUUUGUUACUCAACACCAAGAUGAAGGUGGCUCGGGCCCGGAACCAAGAAAGCCAAGACGACAUCCAGAGCUGUGUCAUCUACCUAUGUGCCACCAUGUGGCAUGAGACCUAUGAUGAAAUGCUCAAGAUUCUCACCUCCAUGUUCAGGUUGGACCGUUACCGGGGUGAUCCAAAAGAAGAACAUAAGGACUGUUUUGAUUUUGAGUGUCACAUUUACGUGGAUGACGCCUUCAUGACUGAAAAAGACACAGGGAAGAGGCUGGUUAACUCCUAUGUGAAUGACUUAACACAAGUUGUCAUUGAGGUUUACAGGGUUUUUACCAACAAAGAACCAGAUGAUGUAUCCAUUGUGGAAACUCCAUAUGGCGGAAGACUCAUGUUUGUUAUGCCCGAAGGCAACAUGCUCUACGUUCACCUGAAAGACAAAGGUCUUAUUAGGAACAAAAAAAGAUGGUCGCAGAUUAUGUACAUGUAUUAUCUUCUUGGCUGGAAGGGGUACAUUUCUAAAACGCCACAGAAGAUCAAACAGCAGAAUCACCUAUGCAGAGAAUCUUUGAUCUCUCUGGAUGGGGAGAUAUUCUUCAUGCCCCAGUAUGACAAUGACAACAAGAGAAGAUUCAUCUCAGAUGAGAAUGUAUACAUCCUGGCUCUGGACGGAGACACUGACUUCCAACCUAAAGCUGUCAUUCUACUUGUAGACAGACUGAGGAUGUAUGAAAAUGUAGGAGCAGCCUGUGGGCGAAUCCAUCCGACCGGAAUGGGUCCCAUGGUGUGGUACCAAAAGUUUGAAUAUGCAGUCGGUCACUGGCUUCAGAAGACAGCAGAACAUGUGUUUGGAUCCGUGCUGUGCAGUCCAGGAUGUUUCAGUCUGUUUCGAGCAUCCGCCUUAAUGGAUGACAACGUCCUGAAGAGAUACACGACGACCGCAACCAGAGCUGCAGAAUAUGUCCAAUACGACCAAGGAGAGGAUCGUUGGUUGUGUACGUUGUUGCUGCAGCAGGGGUGGCGUGUGGAAUACAACGCCGCAUCUGACGCUUUUACUAACUCUCCGCAAGAAUUCAAAGAGUUUUAUAACCAGAGGAGACGAUGGGGACCAUCGACGCUGGCUAAUACACUGGACCUGCUGCACAGUGGCUCAGAAACGGUGAAGAGAAACUCCUCCAUAUCCAGACUUUACAUUUUCUACCAGAUGUUUACCGUUGGUUCUUCUAUUCUUGGACCAGCCUCAGUGACUCUUAUGGUAGCGGGUGCUUUCCAGUUUGUCUUCCAACUUGCUGGUACACUUUCCAUCAUCAUUGCAAGCAUUCCUCCCGUGUUCUACAUCAUUGUCUGUUUCGUUGCCAAGCCAAACAAUCAGAUAACAAUCGCUGGGAUUAUGAGUGUUCUGUAUGCCUUCCUCAUGACAGCAUCGUUAUUUUCUAUAAUCGGUGAUAUGGUGGUUCAGGGCACAUUUUUAACCCCGACUGGUGUGUUCCUUGUUUCCAUGACGAUCAUGUACUUGGUGACUGCUAUCCUACACCCUGAGGAGUUUGGGAUGAUUGUCUACGGCCUGAUGUAUUUCAUCUGUAUUCCCAGUGGCUACCUUCUGCUUACCAUUUACUCACUGGUUAACAUGCACAUUGUGUCCUGGGGCACCAGAGAAUCCAAUAAGGGGGCAACAGAGGUGAAAAAGAACCAUAAUGUUUUGUGCGAUAGAAACUGCAAACUCUGUUGCUGGGACAUGAAGCUGCAGAUAACCCAGGAAACAGAGAAUCUGAUCCUUCAACAAAUCACAAGACAAACUGAACAGCAAGCCCCUCCCCUUGCUAUCACAAACCAGGAAAAUAGUCAACCUGCCGCUUCAAAUGUGGAGCCACAAGCUAGACCGGAUACCAGCAAAGAGACUGAUGAGCAAGGGGGUCGGAAACUUCGGACUGAGAAAGAAUGGAUGAAGUUGAAAGUCUUUGACUCCGUGUCCAGUGACAGUGACAGUGACAGUGAUGAAAAAAAGAGUAUAUCAACAACUGCAUCUUACGAUGAUGAUUACGAAGAUGGCAACCAGGCCACAGAACUUCCUAUGAGUGACUGGGUGAGUCCAGUGAAAGAAGAGUUUUUAAAGAAGCUGACCUUUGCCAACCUGAAGAGGAACCUACAAGAACAAAUACGGUACUCUCUCCGCGCCAAAAACCUACAAGACGUGUGUGAGGAUUUGGUCGCCAUGUUAACGGACACACUCAGUGGAGAACUAUAUGGAGUGGGACCAGAGGAUGCUCUGACAGAAAGCCAGCAGGAGGAACUGCAACAGGCACUGACCGAGCAGGCUCGGCGCACCCUGAAAACCAGUCGCAUGGAACGAUUAGAGAAAAAAGUCCAGAGAGCCAUUCAGAAAACUCUGACUGCCCCUCAGGUGCAGAAGCUAGAUGAGGAUGAACAGGACUUCUGGAGCAAGUUGAUUGAGCGCUACUUGAAGCCCAUUGUAGACACUAAAGCUCAUCUGGACGAGGUCACCAGAGAGCUCAAAUCUCUGCGCAACAAGGCGGUGUUCCUGUAUUUCAUCAUCAAUGUGCUCUGGGUGGUUGCAACUUUCUUCCUGCAAGCCAUUGGGAAUGACGUCAUCAGCAUUAAGAUUCCUAAAUACUAUUCGAAUGGAACACAAUCUGGAGAGUUCCUCAAGGUGGAGCCUCUCAGUUUGAUGUUCCUGCUGUCUUUUGCCAUCCUUCUCCUCAUUCAGUUCCUUGCCAUGUUAUAUCACAGGGUCUACACAUUGAUCCAUGUGGUGUCAUACCGCAGUACAGAGAAAGACUACAAGUUGAAAGACAUUGAUGAUGAUGAUGAUGGCUUGACUCUGGAGAACCCGAACACCAGUGCACUUAGCGUCACAAGUGAUGACUUUUAGAUUGUAUUUGUUCUGCAUGUGUCACUUGUCAUCAUUCUGUUGUCUUAUCAGAAGCCAAGGUCUAAAGGUGUUUUAAUGCCCUCUUGAGAUAUACUGUAGUUUCAUCUGAUAUGGCAUACAGUAUAACAUACUCACAGGCUCACUCAUGUACUGAGUCAUGGCCUGGUAGCAGAACAAUAAUAACUCUAACUUCCUGGUUGAAUUUGUAUCAACAUUUUCUUGGGCCUGCAUGAUGUGAAGUUACUGCACACUCAAUCUGAUCAGUGCGCUCCUGAAAAUGGACUUAAAAUGCAACAUUUGCACAUAAACCAAAGAAUUAUUUAUGACUUUGUACUGUUAAAUGUAGUCUAUAAUUGCUUUCAUAUAUUUUGAUUUGAUGGGACACUAAACAAUGAAUUGUGUAAUACAUACAUUCGUUGCGUUGAAAUAAAUGCAAUUUUUUUUUGGGUCCGAUAUGAAGUUGGAAUUACUUCCUUCACCUUAUGCUUGUGAAUCUAGUUUGCAAUAAUUGUAAAGUUCUGCAAGUGCUUCUCUUAAUGCAGUAUCACACAUGACUUGAGUCGCAAGCAGCUAAAAUAAAAAAGCGACGUGAGGAACAAUUCUUACAGUACAUAAUUUCAUACUUGUGCCACAUAAAAUGUAAUUGCUUUGUUGUUGAGACAGUAUGU